AUGAUGCUCAGCGGCGACCAGCAGGACUCCAGUCUCCCCUGGGGGCAGACGGAGAGGGAGACCUUUCUGCUGGGCCCGGUGCCAGCUGCGCGCGUCGGUGGAGAGCUCUGUGCGCGCUCCGGGGAGCACAGGAGGCGCAGGAGGCGCGCCACGGCUCGGUAUCGAUCUGCGCACGCCUCCAGGGAGCGCGUGCGCGUUCUGGCCUUCAACCUGGCCUUCGCGGAGCUGAGGAAACUUCUCCCGACGCUCCCACCAGACAAAAAGUUGUCCAAGAUUGAAAUCUUGCGACUUGCCAUCAGUUAUAUCUCCUACCUCAAUAACGUACUGGGAGUUUAG